ACAUUUUCUCUCACUUUCUCGGAAUCGAAACAGCAUCUCCUUCUCAGGCUUUCUUCUCCCUCUCUUAGAUUUCACUUUACCCGGGAAUAAAAUGGCUGGAGGACUUGGAAAAUGCAGCAAGAUCCGCCACAUUGUGAGGCUCCGACAGAUGCUCCGGCGGUGGAGGAACAAGGCGAGGAUGUCGUCGGCGGCGAAAUUUGUGCCGUCGGAUGUGCCGGCGGGACACGUGGCGGUCUGCGUGGGGAGCAGCUGCAAGAGAUUCAUUGUGCGUGCGACGUAUCUGAACCAUCCGAUAUUCAGGAAGCUUCUGGUCCAAGCCGAGGAGGAGUUCGGGUUCUCGAACCAGGGACCCUUGGUCAUCCCCUGCGAUGAGUCGGUCUUCGAGGAAGCCAUUCGGUUCAUCUCCCGGUCCGAUUCGGGACGAUCGGGCCGGUUUACCUGCCCUGACGAUCUCCAGAAGAAUUGCCACGCCGGUUUACGGAGCAAGCUGGAUCUGUGGGUCGAAUCUCGACCUUUGCUUCAAGGUGUCGCCGAAAAGGCGAUUUGGUAGAUUUUUGAAAGUUUGUACAGAUGGAAUCGACGAAUAAAGAGAGAGGCGUAAUCGAUUCUGACCCGGGCUUGUCUCGGAGCGAGUUGACUCGCUAAGUACAGGCGACAUGGAGGGGGAAAGAGAAUCGGAAUUGUGAAUAAAUCGUCAUUGACUCGGCUGAGUUACCACGAGUUGGGUAGUGCUGAAAUAUUCGGGUUCGGGUCCUGGAUUUAUGGUUUCAUGAAAAUUUUUGUAUUUUCUUUUUCAAUUUAUUUUUCGGCUCACUGGAGGAGAAAAUGUGGUGGCUGAGUUUGGGGCGGCGAGUUAUUGAAUUCUAUUAACGCGGCUCACAGAAGGAGAUGGCGGUGAAAGGUGGGUGAGUCGUCCCACCGAGUCGUCCCGGGUCCGAAUCCGAGUCAAGAAGGAGGAUUUGCUUCAGAGAAAAGGGAUGUAAUUUUGGUUUUGGUAUUAAAAAAAAUGUGGUCACUUUUUUUCUGUAAAUUCUUAAUUUCCAUGAAUUUAUUUGGAAAUUCCAAAAUAUAUUAAAAUAAUUCUUUUGAGAAA